AUGGGAAGUUGCCAUUCUGGGAAAACUGGACACAGAUCUGGACAUGGAUCUGGAUAUGGAUCUGGUUUCAGUAUUGGAGGUAUUGGUUAUGGAUUUGGGGGAUCUGGUUGCUCUGGAGGUAUCAAUCAAGUUACUGUGAACCAAGGUCUUCUGGCUAAUCUCAACCUGGAGAUUGACCCAAGCAUUCAGCGAGUGAGGACUGAAGAGAAGAAUCAGAUUAGAGGACUGAAUGACAAAUUUGCUUCUUUCAUUGACAAGGUGAGAUAAUUUUAAUGAAUAUGUGGAAUAAAGAAAUAGCAGAAUGUUUACAAUGCUUAUGUGCAAUACCUUCUUAAAACAGUUAUGCAGAGGUUAAAAGAGGGAAGAAGUUACUUAAUUUACAACUCCACAGCUAUGUUUUUAUUGUAUGUAGUUUGUACCUUAAAAACAUUUAUGCUGAUGGUUUUUAUGUUUUAAUUUCAAGAGGUUAUGAGACAACAAAAUUAAACUAUUUUGCAGUUUACAUCAAAAUAGUGUGCUUUCAGAAGCAUUUUUGGUGCAGAACCCAAUGUCUACCAAUACCAGCACUUUUAGAUUUUUUUUAAUGAAUAAAAUAUUACAUAAUUCAAUCUAAGUAUGUGCAAUGUAAUUACAGCUAGAUCUACAAUAAGUGUUAACUAAUUCAUUAAGGUUUUAUCUAGAUAUGCUAUUACAGAACAAGCUACUAACUUCUGAAUGAUUUGGGAUACAAGUAAUGUCUAGAGCAGUGGUAGUCAAGUUUCAGCAUUCCAGAUGUUGUGGACUACAUUACCUAUAAUGCUCUUACAGUCAUAAUGCUAGCAAAGCAUCAGGUGACAUGCAUUCCACAACAUCUAGAGAGCCAAAGGAUGCCUAUCUCUGGUCGAGAGACUUGUAUGGGUUACUAAAUUUCUAUUGCAGUCUAAUAUUAAUAAUAAUAAAAAUACUGUUUUCAUUACAUGGUGAAAUAAGCCAUGCUUCUAUGUCACUUGUAGUACAUUUAAUACAUUUUCUAAAAUAUUAUUAGACAUCUUGUACUAAAUAUAUAUUGUUUCUAACAAAAAGUAUAAAAAUAUUUUUUUCUAGGUUAGAUUUUUGGAACAGCAGAAUAAAAUGCUGGAGACAAAGUGGUCUUUAUUACAAGAACAGAAAAAUGCCCACUUUCAGAUAGAACCACUGUUUGAGGCUUUUGUUGGUAACCUCGGGAGACAGCUGGAGAGUCUGGGAUGUGAAAGAGAACGUCUGGACUCAGAAAGGAACAAUAUGGAGCAAUCUGUGGAAGAACUAAGGAGAAGGUAUGCUGCUAUUUAGAUAGUUUAUAAUAUAAUAGAAUAAAUAAAUAUACAUAAUAAAUCCACUCGUACUGCAACAUCAUGGAGUUAUUCAGAUAUAUCAUAUAUAUCUGAAAGAAGAAAAGAAAACGGAAGCUUAGGGAAGCACUCAAAUAGUGGGGGUAACCCACAAUAAACUACCAGAGUAGUAACAAAAAAAGGGGAGGACAGGCUGAGUGCCCCGGAUACGUAUAAAAGUUAACUUUUAAUAAUAUAAAGAUAAAAAGAGAGUAAAUAUAAUCGAAAAAGAAAGUAGAAAGGAGUGCUCUGUGACCCAAUAGUGGGUAGUACUGGAUAUGUAUUACUGCCAGAAGGUCCAGAGAUUCAACUGGCUGAGCGUGCAAUGUAUCUCCAAAUCUACACAAAAACACAUAGCAAAAAAGCAGUAGGUAAAAAAUCAGCUGCUAUUGAGAAAAUUCAUAAGAACAUAGUAUACAGAGGGCCUGUUCUGAAGUUUUCAGGCUGCCUCUGUGAUGUCUAUUGCAACAAAACACAGUUGCAAUUGUAGACACAGUAUAAAUAGCUGUUAGUGUGUACUCCUAAGGGCACAGUGUGACCAGUUGUUGAGUAAUUGACUAGUUAACAAAACAGUAAUAUAGAUAUCAUUUGUGCCCCACAGAUAUAUGAGUUUUGAUGUGUACUCCUUAGGGCACAGUGUAACCAGCUAUUGGGUAAUUAACUAGUUAACAAAACGGUAAUACAGAUAACACAGGUGCCCCACAGAUAAAAGAGUUAAGAUAAAUAAACGUGAAAAUCUGUUCCUAGAACCCUCAGACACCCCAGGGUAGGUAUGGCUACUAGUAUCCGAUCAUAGGUAUCUGAUACCAUAGAUGGUAAAAGCCAUAUUUUGUUAGAUAGACCUCUUGGGAAGGAGAGGAAAAAAGAAAAAGAUGCCUGCUGAGGUAGAAACAGAAAAAACGCUCGGGAUUCAUGUGGAGAGGGCGGUGCACAUGAUCACAAUGCCUCACUCUGAGCUAUAGCAGUGAAUCCUCCGAGUCCCCUGACGCGCGCGUUUCGCCACACCUCAUCAGAGGUCAUAUAUAUCUGGGAAGAAAAUAAUAAAUGUCUUCAAUGUUUGUACAAAUUCCAAUUUCCAACACAUCAUUUGUCUAUAUUUUUGCACGUGCUCUCUUAAAAUGUAUUACAGAGUCCAGUCCACUUUAAUAUUAUUAAGAAGAAAAUGUAAACUUAAAAGUUUCUUAAGAAAAAGCACCCUGUAUAUUUAGAAUUCUUUAUGCUUGUUAUUAAUGUUUAACAUUCUAUUGUAGAUAUGAAGAAGAAAUGAACAGACGCACUGCUGCAGAGAAUGAGUUUGUUGGAAUAAAGAGGGUGAGUGAUAUCAUACAUAAAUUGAAUCUAUAUGUAAAAGUAUAGCAAAUAUAAACAUAUAUCUAUAAUUUUACUGUUACUAUGCAUUCAUCUCUUCUUCAGGAUGUAGACGCAGCUUUUAUGAAUAGAGUGGAAUUACAAGGAAAGGCUGAUUCCCUGAAUGAAGAGAUCAAUUUCUUGAGGACUCUGUAUGAUGCGGUAAAUAUACUUUCACAUUUCUCUUUUUUUUUUUCUUUAAUUCUCAAUUUUGAAGAUUUUGAAUUAUGGGGGGGGGGGGGUACAGAAAAAAGAGUCAGGGGUUACAAUUUGCAGUACAUACAUUUUUCCAUAGUUGCAGUGUACAUAUUGAGUGCUAUUGCAUAUAUUGUUUAGUUGAUUCCUCCCACGGUUGUUUUUUAUGGGGCGGUGGGGGUACAGAAAAAGACAGGGGAGGGGGUGGGAUAACAGUUUCAAAUGCAGUGCCUUCGUGGUUUAGGUUGGUCGAAGAAUAAAUGCAUUACAUACUGGCAUAUAAAAUUUGGUAUGUAAAUUGUUGCCCAUGUCAAGGAGCAUAUGUGUUGUGAGGUGUUUUUGUAGGUGAGCGUAGUGAGACACUUGGAGUGUUUAUGAUGAUUUUCUACAGGUCGUUUUGGUCAACUUGGGUAUUGUCGUAGGACCUCUGUCUUGUGCAAGCUGUUAUCCCCAUUACAUUUUUGGGGGUUCCCAUUUUUACUACCUCUGAGCUUGUUGGGUGUGUUUGUUUUGUGAUGCGGUUCCCCUUAGUGUGGUCUGAAAUAGGAGUGUGGAGGAUUUAGCAAGGGUCAGGUGCAGUGGGGUACUCAUCUGUCAAUGGGAUUUUGUUGUUGGGACCUGCGUUGUGUGGGCUUGUCUCUUUGUGGUCUAUACGGUGACCGUGUCAACUUUGUUGUGUGGUCAUUGGGGGUAGUGGGGGAAGUAAAGGGGAUGUCGCCCCAGUUUGGUUCCUCUCUUAUGUCGGCUUCGCAAGCUCAGGGGGGUGGUCUGGCGAUUGCCACAGUGUGUGGGUCAUUUGGUUCCUAGGAUGUGUGGCCUGCUAUGUUACAUAGUGGGUGUUAGGCUUCAGAGCGUGGUGUGAGGUACCUUGGAUGCCUUGUAGGGGGUGCAGUUGGGGUGUGGUGUUGUGGUAGGGUGAGGUGUUAGGGGGACAUGUUAGGGUGUCUUGUCAUGUCAAGGGGGGGAGGGAGGAGGGUUGUGGUCCUCAGUCGCGUUGCCUUCCAUCUGGGUUGGCUGUUACACGUUGGGGGGGAAUUCCAGGAGUCAAGAAUCCCAAAUCUUAUGGUAGGUUUUGGUGUUGUCAUGGAUGAGUUCUGAGAGGCUAUCCAUUUCCCUGGUGUCCUUAAUUUUCCCCCUCAUUGUGGUCAUUGUAGGGAUGUUGGGACUCCCCCAUUUUGCAGCUAUGGUUCUCCGGGUGGCGAGAGCGAUUUUUGCUAUGAGUUUGUUUUGAGCUCUUGGUAUAUCCUGAUGGGGUUUGGAUAAGAGCCAGAUACAGGGAUCUAGUGGUAUAUCAGUAUGUAUGAUUUGGGAGGUUAGGUGCACGACUUCUCGCCACAGUGUGUGCAUUCCCACCAUUGGUAUAUGAAGGUGCCCUGUUCCCCACAACCUUUCCAGCAUCAAUCCGAGUCUGUCCUGCCCAUCUGGGUGAGUCGGAGCGGUGCUUUGGUUUUGUCUACAUUUAAUUUAUACCCGGAGACAGUGGCAUAAUUAGUGAGUGCCGUUAGGAGUGGAAGUAUGCAGUUCAGAGGGUCUGUGAUCGUGAGUAGUAGAUCGUCCACGUAAGUGGCAACUUUGUAUUCCUCGUCCCUGAUGAUGAUUCCCUUGAUGUCCCCCUGUUUGCGGAGUGUUUGUAGGAGUGGUUCCAGAGAUAGGGCGAAUAGGAUCGGGGAAAGAGGGCAGCCUUGUAGGGUGCCAUUUAGGAUUUUAAAGGACGGGGGUUGCAAAGAGGGAAGGAGUAGGUUGGCCAUAGGUGAGGAGUAUAGUGCUUGCAGUGCUCUUAUGAUAGGGCCCAGGAUGCCAAAUUUACAGAGGGUGGCGAAGAGAAAAGGCCAAAGUAACCGGUCGAACGCCUUUUUGACGUCUAAUGAUAGGAGUACGGUUUAAAUCUGUGGGUGGUUUGUGUACCAGGUGAGAUCAUACGUUCUCAUGGUAUUGUCGUUGGAUUUCCGCGUGGGGAUGAACCCAAUCUGGUCCGGGUGGAUAAGUUUGGUGAAGAUCUUAAUAUCGACGUUUAGCAGUGAGAUUGUGCAGUAGUGUCCCGGUUCAAAUUUCUAUUUUUAAUAUCCAUGAAAUCAGCCUUUUUUCAAGGAAUGCAAAACAAGUACGAAGUAUAUUAACAACCCUGAUAAUAUCUAUGUAUGAUUAGAAUGCCUUUAUGUUAAUAACAAAGUUAUUAUACAUGGGAAACUUGAGGCUUUUACAACCAUGUCUUGUCUGUACUUUAUAUCCUUAUAGGAAAUAGCCCAGCUCCAGGCUCGGAUCUCAGACACCUCAGUGGUUGUGUCUAUGGAUAACAGUAGGGAUCUGGACCUGGAUGGAAUCAUUGCUGAGGUCAGAUCUCAAUAUGAGGACAUUGCUAACAGGAGCAGAGCUGAAGCAGAGGCCAUGUACCAGUCACGGGUGAGUCUAUCCAAAUCAAAUCAUGCAGAUCAUUACCUAUAA